UGAGGAGCGCGCGCGCGCGAGACUUUCCCUUCGCUGUAGUUCUACUGUACAUGUACAGUACACGUACACGUACUGUACAUGCCCGUACUGUACCCGGCGAGCAUCCCAAACCGGUCGUGGGCCUCACCUGGGUGGACUCGGCGUCAAAUGAGUGCGCGGUGCGCGGUGCGCAUUGGACUUCGUCGAUCGGUGCGGGCCGCCCCCAUUGGGCCCCUACGGGGACCCUUGGCUUUGUGGGGAGCGGUGGUGACUGUGUGGGUUGGGGAGGCGAUGACGUCGUUUGGCUGGGUGAAGAGGUCUGGGUCCGUGUUGAAGCCUCGAGUCUCCCUGGGUGAGGACGAUGAUGAUGACGACAGUGGUGGUGGUGGUGAGGUGACGCUCCCGAUAGACAAGAAGAGAAAACACAGCCAAGAUGGGAGUGGUGAUGGUGGUGGUCUUGGCAGCGAUGGUGAUGAUGGAACUUCAGUGACGUUGCGAUGCUGCGAGCUCAGAGACGAAGGAGCGAGACUCGCUGAGUCAGGGAGUCUGAGGGAGGCUUUACGAUUGUGGGAUACGGCCAUCGCCAUGACAACAAAUGAUGCCAAGAUACAUGAAAUGAAAGCACAGGUUCUCAUGGAGCUGGGGGAGUGGUUCCGGGCUGUGCAAUCCGCUCACCGCUCCAUCUCCAUGUGUGCGUGCUGGGCCCCGGCCUGGCUCACCUUGGCCCGUGCCCAGCUCAACCUGGGGGAACCUGCCAUGGCUGUGCGGAGUUUCUCUGUUGGUCUGCAUCUGGAGCCCUGGGAGUCUGAGCCCAUAAUGGCCGAGUUGAGAUGGGCUCAACAACUACAGGAACAACUGCAACAACAACCACCACAUACACACCUACCACAAUCACUACAGCCUCAUUGACAAACACCACAGCAGCUACAACUACUACCGGCAACAACCACAUCUGCAUUCACAAUAACAACAAGUGCAUUGUCAACUACCACAACUGCAGCAGCUUGGGAAACUGCAGCUGUCAAGCUUCUUGCUCUAUCUUUCUACAUCCUGCCGAAUUAUAUUUACAACGCUCGUGUGCCGCGUUCUCUCUUACCUCGUCCUUUAAGCAAAUUCAGUUUGUUGAUUAAAACCCGUGUUUCCCUUGACAUUCCAUUUGCAAUUUGUGAAACAACACCAUAAACACCGCCACCGCUGUAGAAUAUAUGAUUCAUUAGGAGUACAAAUUAGGUUUAAAGUUGUGCUAUGUGGGACUUAAAUUUAACACAGUCUAGGGCUUUUGAAACCAAUUAAUGAUUGAUUUUUUAUUCGGAUCGCAUGAGUAAUAUGUGUGUUGUACACCCUCCCUUACCUAACAGCCAAUAAAGUUUUUUUUAUGAA